ACACUUUAAGCUGACAAUACCCAAAGAACAAAGCUCACAAAUACCAAGCGAUAUUUCCAGAUUUCAAUGGUAUAAACACGAAAUGGGUUACGCGACAGCUUAUGUUCACAUUUUUGUAAGUUGAACGUAUUCCCAUAGACUAUAUUUUUUAUACUCCGUAUAUUUGGACUGUUAAAUGUCUAAAGACAAACACAAAUAAGAGAAAUAAACGGUAUGCGUUUAAAGCUUAACCAUGCGUUUUGCACUAUCUGCGUAAAUCAACUAGAGGAAAGGGGUAUUUUCUCAUGUUCAUUACCUAUCACGCGAUGCAUGAAUUACACCAAUCAAAAUCAAAAUCGAUCAUUUAAGUAUUUGUGAUCAAUACUUCCGCGUUAUGAUCAAAGGCGUUAGCUAUUAACACUUCUCUUCACGAGUCAGUUACUAUUAAAUACGUACGAAUGCUCGACGCCUAGAUGCUAGCUGGAUUAAAAAUAAACGAAUUCCCAUGCAUAGGAACUGACGAGCAAUUACAUUGAACAAUCACGGACGCAUCACAAGGAUGCUGAUUAUUGCGUUCGUUGUUGCCUUCUGGCAGCAACAUGCUGUGCUGACAGAAAACGUUUCAUAUGUGAAAGGCGUUCGUUUUGUUGGUGGAGUUGGCAUGUAUGAUGGAUUCGUGGAAGUGCUUGUCGGUGAUACUUGGGAUCCAGUGUGUUAUAUGUUAGACUUCUUCUUCGAUGACUCUUCCGCUCCUGUGUUUUGUAGGAUGAAAGGACUACCAUAUGUUACAAAUAGACGUGCAGGGAGAUACAACACUAUUAAUAGGUUUAUCGGUUUCACAAAUUGUCCUUGGAAUGCCGUUCACGUGAACUCGUGCAACUACACAACUGUUUAUAAAUGUUAUUAUCAGUUGUACGUUGCCUGUGAAGGAUUUCCUUUAAAUAUCAACUCAAUUCAACUGAUCGACGGAUCAAGUGCAUUCGAUGGACGAGCGGAACUGCAUGUUGAGGACGUAAUUGGAACAAUCUGUCAAAAUAAUUUCGAAUUUGAAGAUGCACAAGUCCUUUGCAAAAUGAUAGGUUUGAAUGCUUCUUUGUUCAACAUUGAAUACCAAUACAACACGAGCGGUCGUUAUCCAAUGAUACGAGAUUUGCGAUGCUCCGGUCAAGAAAGUCACAUAAACAACUGCACAUACACAACUCCAUACUCCGGCUACACCUGCGAAGAAGGAGCUGUCAAACUGUUGUGUACAGAAUGUGGUCGGGUAAACGUACCUUACGGAUUUAUGGAGCUAUACAAUGACACAGCCAAAACUUUAACAGUUCGAUGUCACAAUGACAGCCCUACGCAUGUUAAAUACAUAUGUGAAAACAAUGGAUCUUGGAGUAACACCGAAGAAUGCAGACCGAUGAUCGUCCAAGACAUACGCCUAGUUCACCAGGAGUUUUCACCAUAUUUAUAUCGAGGUACGGUCGAACUGAAAAUCAGCGGCGCAUGGGGAACCAUCUGUGACAACAUGUUUGGCGCGGAAGAGGCAACUGUACUAUGCAGAAUGAUGAAUGCUAGCUACGGUUCAUUCACAACAAAUGCAGGUUAUGGAAGAGGAUCGGGCACGGUACACGUUUCCAACUUGAUCUGUUCAGGGUCUGAAAAGGAUGUGAGUGAGUGCAGUUAUCAGUCUUCACACACAUGCAAUCACUCUGACGAUGUGGGUAUUCAAUGUACAGUUUCUACAUUUACUAUCACCAAGAUUCGUCUGGCUGAUGGCAAUAGCACAUUUGAUGGACGAUUGGAAUUAUUUGCGAACGGCUUCUGGGUUUCGGUGUGUGAUAUGUUCUUUACUUCAAAUAUUGGCGAAAUGUUCUGUCGGAUGAUGAAUUUGACUUAUAUUCAAUAUAAAUGUUGCUCGAGGCAUGGUGAUGGAGCUUACCUUCUAGAAAUUGACAGUUGCCCAUUACUUGCCACUCAUAUUGACCAGUGCUUCUAUUACCCGCAUGCUAGUUUUUGUCCUCCAUCGAGAACUGUGUCCCUGGUCUGCUCAGAAUGCCCCGUCUUGAUGGUAUCCGAUGGAUCGGUAACAUACAGCUUAAAUGGAACUGUCGCAACUCCAAUUUGCAAUGCUGGGUUCAGUUCUAAUGUCAGCAUAUGCCAGAACGGACAGUGGUCGCCUCCAAACAUUGUUUGCACUCGCAACCCACCACUGAAUAUAACAGAUGUUCGCCUUGUUGAUGGACCAGAUCCUAACGAAGGUCGAGUGGAAAUAGCUGUGGGUGGCGUUUUUGGAACAAUUUGUGACAGCAAUUUUGACAAAAACGAUGCCGAUAUGAUAUGUAAAUCUGUCAACUCUAGUUACAGAUCUGUAUACAUCCCUGGUACAAGACAUGGCAAUGGCUCUGGACCUGUACACAUUGAUCAACUUCAUUGUGAUGGAGCUGAAGCUUCCCUUGACAAAUGUCUAUACGUUCAAAACGGACAAUGCAGUCACAGCCGAGAUGUGUCUUUACUUUGCAACGGCACACCAGUGCAAGUCCAAGACAUACGCCUAGUUAACCAGGAGGUAUAUCCAUAUCGAGGUACGGUCGAACUGAAAAUCAACGACACAUGGGGAACCAUCUGUGGCAACAUGUUUGGCGUGGAAGAGGCAACUGUUCUUUGCAGAAUGAUGAAUGCUAGCUACGGGUCAUUCAGAACAAAUGCCGGUUAUGGAAGAGGAUCGGGCAAGGUACAUUUUGCCAACUUGAUGUGCUCAGGGUCUGAAAAGGAUGUGAGUGAGUGUAUGUAUCAGUCUUCACACACAUGCAAUCACUCUGACGAUGUGGGUAUUCAAUGUACAGUUUCUACAUUUACUAUCACCAAUAUUCGUCUGGCGGAUGGCACUAGCACAUUUGAUGGACGAUUGGAAUUAUUUGCGAACGGCUAUUGGAUUUCGGUGUGUGAUAUGUUCUUUUCUUCAAAUAUUGGCGAGAUGUUCUGUCGGAUGAUGAAUUUGACUUAUAUUCAAUAUUACUGUUGCUCGAAGCAUGUUGAUGGAGCUUAUCUUCUAGAAAUGGACAGUUGCCCAUUACUUGCCACUCAUAUUGACCAGUGCUACUAUUACCCGCAUGCUAGUUUUUGUCCUCCAUCGAGAACUGUGUCCCUGGUCUGCUCAGAAUGCCCCGUCUUGAUAGUACCCGGUGGAUCGGUGACAUACAGCUUAAAUGGAACUGUCGCAACUCCAAUUUGCAAUGCUGGGUUCAGUUCUAAUGUCACCGUAUGCCAGAACGGACAAUGGUCGCCUCCAAACAUUGUUUGCAGUCGCAACCCACCACUGAAUAUAACAGAUGUUCGACUUGUUGAUGGACCAGGUCCUAACGUAGGUCGAGUGGAAAUAGCUGUGGACGGCGUUUAUGGAACAAUAUGUGACAGCAAUUUUGACUACAAUGAUGCUGAUAUGAUAUGUAAAUCUGUCAAUUCUAGGUACAGAACUGUAUACAUCCCUGUUACCAGAUAUGGCAAUGGCUCUGGACCUGUACACAUUGAUCAACUACAUUGUGAUGGAGCUGAAGCUUCCCUUGACGAAUGUCUAUACGUUCAAAACGGACAAUGCAGUCACAGCGAAGAUGUGUCUUUACUUUGCAAUGAAUGUGGGAAACCGGACAUUUUUGCAAGUUGGAGCGUUAAUUAUUUCCAGUACAACGGAACGAGUUUGUUCGCUAACUGCGAAUUUAAAAAAACCUACGUCGGAUAUCUGCGUAUGAUAUGCACUGCAAAUGGUUGGACGACUAUUGAAGAAUGUCAGGAAUACAGUUAUCCGCUUUACAUUCAGGAAAUAAGACUUGUUGACGGAAAUAGUACCUUUGACGGCAGAGUUGAGAUCAAAGUGUUCAACACGUGGGGAACAGUAUGCAAUGAUCUAUUUGGGAUCGAGGAAGCCAACGUUAUUUGCAAAAUGAUAGGCUUUUAUUCUGCUGAAGGAUUCCGCACAUCAUCUAUUCAAGGAACGGGACCUGUUUAUGUCGAUAACAUGGCAUGUGAUGCCAACAGUUCUCACAUCAAUGAUUGCCAGUAUUCAACUUACCACGAUUGUUCUCAUAGCGAGGACGUAGCCGUUACAUGUACAGGUAUCACAGCAAAGUGCGUUAACCCAACGCCACAGUUUGGUAGCGUCAACGACACUUCAACAAAUGUGGGAUCUUCAAUCAGCGUCGCAUGUGAACGUGGUCGAAUACUAGUAGGUGACUCAGUAAUUGUUUGCAAAGAAGACGGAAAUUGGACAAGCGCACCAUUUUGUCGUUUAAUAGAUUGCGGAGAUCCAACGCCAGAUAAUGGCGAAAUUAAGGGGACGUCAUAUUACCUCGAUGACGUCGUCUCUGUUUCGUGUGAUACCGGUUAUAUUUUAUCCGGCGACGCCGUCAUAACAUGCCAGAAUAACAGUUAUUGGACUGAUGAUCCAACCUGUACUAUUGUUGACUGUAACGCCCUGACCAUCGCCAAUAUGACGAUUGACAUCGGGAACACAACUACCUACGGACAAAUAGCAGUUGUAAAGUGUAAAUAUGAGUUUAGUCCAAGCGGAUCAUGGGCGGUGAAAUGUGAAGCUAACGGCGUUUGGAAUUACACGCAUGUUCCAGAUUGUAAACUGAUUGAUUGUGGAUCAUCUGCUCCUAUAUAUGGACGCGUCAACGACACCACAUCGACUAUUGGAACUGUGGUUGGCGUGGAAUGUGACUAUGGUCGACAUCUGGUUGGUGAUGCGGUGUUGGUUUGUCAACAGAAUGGAAAGUGGUCUGGUUCGCCCUUUUGUUCUUUGAUAGAGUGUGAUGAUCCGACACCAAAUAAUGGCUUCAUUAACGGGACGUCACACUACCUCGAUGAUGUUCUGUCAGUAUCGUGUGUAACUGGAUUUUCGUUAUCUGGCCAUUCCGUCAUACGAUGUCAGAACAACAGCCGUUGGACGGACUACCCACACUGCACGAUAGUUGAUUGUGGUGUCCUACACAUUUCCGCGAUGAGUGUUAAUAUCGGUAAUGCAACUACCUACGGGCAGAUAGCAGAUGUCAGAUGUCAUCCAGAUUUCAAACCACUUGGUUCCUGGACCGUGAAAUGUGAAGCCAGCGGCAUAUGGAAUUACUCGCUUGUUCCGCAAUGUGAACUCAUUGAUUGCGGAGACCCAACUCCUUCGAAGGGUCUGGUGAAUUCAUCAAAAACAACAGUCAAUACAGUAGUGCGUGUUUCGUGUGAAAACGGUUAUACGCUAUCGGGAGAGUCAGUCAUCACAUGUCUUAGAAACGGAACGUGGUCUGGGAAGUCAAUAUGCGACUCUUCCGAUUGUGGGAGACCAGCCAUAUCGAAUGCAGACGUGGUGACAAAUAAUUCAACAACCCUAUAUUCCAAGGCAUUUAUCACUUGUAACGACGGAUUCGAAAUACAAGGCCCAAGUAUAAUUAUCUGCACUCAAACUGGAUGGAGUGAUAAUGUUACAUGCUCACCAAUUGUAUGUGAAGAGAUGGAAGUUGAAAAUGGUAGUGUGAUCGGCGCAGGAAGAGAGUAUGGAGCUGUUAUUGAAGUGAAAUGUCAUACUGGAUAUAUUAUUCGGGGUGACAACAAACUGACAUGCCAAGGAAAAGGUCACUGGAGCGAUAAACCAGCAUGCGUCAUUCAAAAUUGUGGCAUCGUGACCGUACCAACCAAUGGUAUCAUACUAACAAGUCCUGUGGUAACAACGUUUAAUUCAUCGUUGCGAUUUCAGUGCAAUGAUGGUUAUCACCUGACCGGAAAUGGCGUUCUUUGGUGUGACGCAAACGGCAAAUGGGACAGUUCAGUCCCGACGUGCGUUCGCAAGUACUGUGAUAACCCAACCCCAACAAACGGCGUCGUUAAUGGGACCUCAUUUUACUUCAGUGACGUGGUUUCAGUAUCUUGCGAAAAUGGCUUCUUAUUGUCCGGCGAACCUAUCAUACAAUGUCAGAAUAACAGUAACUGGACAGUUUAUCCGAGAUGCAAUAUCGUUGUGUGCGAGCGCAUUGACUUACAAAAUGGCACUGUGACCGGCUCAGAAACACACUUCGGGUCAAUAAUCGAGGUGAAGUGCGAUAUUGGGUAUGAUCUCCGUGGUGACAGUAGACUAGUAUGUCAAGCCGAUGGUCAUUGGAGUGGUAACCCAACAUGCAUCAGUAAAGAUUGUGGCAAUGUCACUUUGCCAAACAACAUGAUGAUCCUUACUAGUCCUAUAGUUACAACGUUUAAUUCCUCACUGCGAUUCAAAUGUCAAGAAGAUUAUCUACUGACCGGAAAUGACGUCAUUUGGUGUUCCGCAACGGGCACGUGGAACAGUUCUUUCCCGACAUGUAUUCAGAAAUCGGACGUUGGUGGACCAUGUGCUGAUGCUAGAAUGUGUAAGACAAUAAGCGCGAUUUGUGAAGAUAAAAAGUGUUCAUGCAUGACUGGGGUGGUAGACCGAAGAACACAGAAAUGUGACAUAAUGUCAUUGCUUCCAUUCGGAGAAGACAACGGAGAUGUGAUUAUGGAUCAACAUGAUUGCAGUGAAUCCAUUGUUUUCUCGCAUACGAUACCAGUUUUCAACAAAAUGAGACAGUCAAUGCAUGUAUGCAGAUGUGGACUUGUUAGUUUUGAUAAGAAAUAUUCCAAUAAUAAACCCGUACCGGCGGGUAAAGGCAAAUUGGACAUCAUUGAACCGACAGUUGAUAUCAAGGACCCCGUUGUAGCAGCAUAUUUCGCAGAUAUCUUUGUUGACAAAUCCUCGUCAAUUACAUUCAGGACAUACGAUAUUCUAAACAACUAUCCAUUCACAGCCAAGGCGACGGAAGACAUAGCAUUCCUUGAAAGUUUAAUCAAACGCGUUGAAAAUAUUUCUUCAUUUGACGCGAGUUUUGUUUUGAUUGCAACAUGGAGUAACGUGAAAGCAAAGGCAACUGCACUAAAUCGCAAUAACCAUGCAACGUUCCAACUGGCAAUCGUUUCAAAUGGCGUGCGUACUUAUUCUGUAACAAUAUAUGGAAAUGAAUUGAUGAACUGGGAUCUACAUUCCAAAGACAAAACGAUUCCUAUUUGGAUCGGUCACGCCGGAGAGAAUGGUACUAUCUUUAACCACGUGUUCUCAUUCAAAACCCCUGCACUUCGGAUGGAUUUGGGUUCUAAAUCAGGAGGAAUAAGUGGCCUCUUGUUGAAGAAUAUCGAUGAAAACAUCUCCGUAUUCAGCCAUCACGGUGUUGACUGUAUAAAGUGGUACAAUAAAAACAGUUACAGAAAACAGGACAUCCAAUAUUAUUCAAUACGUCUACCUAUGUGUCCAUGUGACGUCGACCUUGCGCGAUGGGACCCGUGGUUUUGGCCGAUUCGGGCCGAAGUGCGUCAGCAAAAUAACAACGAUAGUGUGUGCGUGGACAUGAUACUAGGCGAAGCUUUCAAGCCCCAUGGAAAGUCGUGUUGUUAUUACCGCUCAACAUUGACAUUCGUGGACAUGCAACCACUAUCUGGUGGAUUUUACUUCUCACAUCCGUCAUUCUCACCACGUAAUCACGAGGCAAAUGAUGUCAUCAUGAAGGACAAAUGUUGUAUGAAAUCCAACUUCUGCGAUCUCUAUUACCGUCUGCAUCCUACAGGUCCAUGCUACACCGAAUCUCCAUACAGAUUUGGAUCCUUCUGGGGAGAUCCGCAUAUGAGCACACUGGACGGAAUGAACUACACAUUCAACGGACUCGGGGAAUACGUGUUGCUAAGCAUUGAGACGUCACAUGUUACAUUUUCCCUCCAAGCUAGGACGGAGAGGGCAGUGAAGGAAGACGGGAACCUAUCUGACGCGACAAUCUUCACAGCGUUUGCAGCUCGUGAUAAUACAAAUUCGUCCAUACACGUUGAGCUUAAUAAGGCUAAGGACAAUGUUACUUUGUACGGGAAUGGCAUUGAUCUUACAAAGACUCUUCGGGAAGUACAACAAGACAUGUUUGUGUUUAAUACGUCAACACUCACAAUUCAUGAAGAUGACGGCGUGUUGAGGGUGUCAUUCCUUGAGAUAGGGAUAACGCUCGAAAUAGGACAAGGAGCAGGAAUGUUGUCAUUGGAUGCGAUUGUACCAAAUGCAUUCAGCAACGUUACAAAAGGUCUCCUAGGAAAUUUUGAUAGAGACCCUUUCAAUGAUUUUGUGUACCCAAAUGGGAGUCAGCUUCAUUUUAAUGCAAGUGAUAUGGAAAUAUUUUUUUACGGUCAGGCAUGGUCCGUGAAUGACAGCUCGUCUGUAUUUUUAUAUGACGACGGAAAGGAACAUUCCGAUUAUCACAACGCUUCCUACAUACCGCGUUUCCUUGAUACCGUCGACAAAGUAACGCUUGCUGAAGCUGAAAAAGCAUGCAACGGCUCAAAGAAUAAAGAAUGUGUGUUCGACUACGCAUUAACCUUGAACGAAAAUAUUGCGAUGAUGACGAACAGAAAACGUCAAAGUAUUGACGUGAACACAGAAGAAAUAGCGCAAAUUGUGCCAACCAUUAAUAAUACAUGUAGCGUAAUUGCAAAGGUUGGAGAGCAAAUUUCGUGCAGGUUAAAGCUCGAUGAUGGGUUAGAUAUAGAAGUUUUGAACAACGUAAAUAAAACAGCAACAUAUAACAGAACGUCAAAGACGCUUUAUUUCAGGCAAAAAGAUGAUCUCCCACACAACAUAUGGUUUGUUGCAAUCAACGCCGACAGAAAGCAAUCUCAGCAGCACACUAUACAGGUACAACUAUGCACUGGUUGCCGUGACAACGGACGGUGCUCCACGACAGUGCGGCCGGACCCUCGAGAGAAUGCAUAUUUCAAGUACUCUGCAUGCGUGUGCGACCCUGGAUACACCGGAGACGAUUGUGACAAACUAUAUGACUGGUGCGCUGAACGUCCCUGCACCUUUGGAAGAAACUGUACCAGCCUACCAUCGAACAAAACAUAUUUGUGUUCCCCUUGUCCAAACGGAUAUGCUGCUGAACCAGGGACAAAUGAUUGCAUUGAUAUGAACGAAUGCAACUCAUCUAAUCCCUGCGACCACACGUGUCUUAAUACUGAAGGAAGUUACUCGUGCGAUUGCGAGCAAGGAUUCCGAGUCGAUGCAAAUAACAAACAUAAAUGCAUCGAUAUCAACGAAUGCAACGAGGCUUCUCACAACUGCACUCAGAUCUGCAAAAAUACGAUAGGCAGCUUUUUCUGCAGAUGUCAGCUCGGAUUUACUUUCGAUAUGUCUAAUUGGACAUGCGUGCCAGACGAUUCUGACCCAUGUGCUAACUCAACACUCAACUGCACUCAAACCGCCGGCUGUACCUUUGAUACGAACAAUGCAACCACGUGCUUCUGUGAUGCAGGAUUUAUUUUUAACAAAAUAUCACAUCAAUGCCAAGAUGUCAACGAAUGCUCUCAACAUAUUUGUGCACAAGACUGCACGAACACGAUUGGCAGUUUUCAGUGCAGCUGCAUUGCGGGUUACCAGCUAAUAAACAAGGUAUCAUGUGAACUAUGUGAGGUGCCAAACUGGGGUUUGAACUGUUCACAAACUUGCGACUGUACCGGACGAGGCGCCGAGAGAUGCGAUCCUGUCAGAGGCUGCGUCUGUUCCAAUGGAUGGACAGGAAGUUCAUGUGACGAUGACGUCGACGAAUGCAAGGAGCAUCCUGGAGUCUGCGAAGAUGCUAGGAAGUCCUGUACUAACAACAUUGGCUCGUACAGAUGUGAUUGUUUGAAAGGAUACGUUAAAGAUGCUGUAGGAAAUUGUCGAGAUAUAGAUGAGUGCUCUGAUCCACUGUUGAACGAGUGUAGUCAGACGUGUUUGAAUGCUGAAGGCAGCUACACUUGUGGAUGUAAACACGGCUACACAGAAGUCAAUUCGACACAUUGUACAGACAUUAAUGAGUGCGAUCUAAACUUGGCGGACUGUGAACAGAUGUGCGAAAACCAUCCAGGAUAUUACAACUGUUACUGCUAUUUCGGAUACAGGCUCAACGACGACAGGAAUACAUGUAGUAAAGUGAAGGAUUUUUGCAAGGAACUUAACAAUCUAACAUGCGCCGGCUAUUGUGAGGUACGAAACAAAACAGCAUCAUGUCAGUGUCAACAAGGAUUUGAACUUGCCCCUGAUAAACAAAAUUGUGCAGAUGUCGAUGAAUGUGAAGAUGGCAAUAAAUGUUCAACAGGAGCCAACUGUAUGAACACUGUCGGCUCAUUUGUGUGUGAAUGUCCUGUCGGUAUGAAGCUGCAAAAUAACAAAAGAACAUGUAAAGAAUGUGACAAUUAUCACUACGGCAAAGAUUGUUCACUUACGUGUUCGUGUAUCAACGGUGUGUGUAAUAGUACUGUAGGCUGCGUGUGUGGUCCGGGCUGGACAGGGAUAAGUUGCGACGUUGACGUCGACGAAUGCAGAAAUAACCAGGUGGUCUGCAAUGAGACUAAUACCCACUGUUUGAACACGCGGGGCAGCGCCUCGUGUGUCUGUCAAGAGGGUUACACGAAAAACAUAGCAUCGGGAAAGUGCGAAGAUAUGAACGAAUGCCAGACUUCUUUCAUGAACACGUGUGAUCAAGAUUGCAUCAACACACCUGGAAGUUAUCUUUGUAGUUGCAGAGAAGGUUUUGUUUUCAAAAAUGGAAAAUGUAACGAUAUUAACGAAUGCCUAGGCGGGAACGAAUGUCAACAACAAUGUGUUAACACUAUUGGUAGCUACAGAUGCUCUUGUGAAUCGGGAUUCGUUCUUGAACUUACCGACCGAAAGUCUUGCAUUGCUGAGACAAAGUGUACGUUAAAUCAAGCUGCUAACUGCUCUGGUAAUGCUACUUGUUCUGUUUCCAACGACGAGGUUAUAUGUGUUUGUCCUAAUGGAUACAACGGGACUUAUUGUACAGACAUCGACGAGUGUGAAAAUGGUAAGGAAACAUGUGACCAAAAUUGUAACAAUACCAUAGGUGGAUACAAUUGCGAGUGUCAAGUUGGAUAUUUCCUGGAAAACGAUAAUGCCACGUGCACAGAGUGCAUGAACUGGACAUACGGUGAGAUGUGUUCCAGAGAAUGUAAAUGCAAUUUGACCAAUACUGAGACUUGCAAUCCAACAAACGGAAAUUGUACGUGUUUUAAAGGUUGGCAUGGUGGACUGUGCAACGAUGACGUCAACGAAUGUACGUCCACUCCAAACGAGUGUCCCACCAAUUCCCAAUGUAUAAACUUAUCAGGCAGUUUUACAUGCGAAUGUGACGCUGGACAUCUCAAGAACAGCUCUGGUCUGUGUCAAGCGUGUCCUCAAGGUCGUUUUGGCAAAGGCUGUACAAGCACCUGUUUGUGUGAUAUGGCACAUACAUCCGUGUGCAAUCCAGUAAACGGAAGCUGUACGUGUGACGCAGGAUGGACUGGCCCCGAAUGUAAAACAGAUGUCGACGAGUGUGUGUCAGCUAAUGGCUUCAAAUGUCCUGCAAACUCGACAUGCGUCGAUGCUAUUGGUAGUUACAAGUGUGAUUGUGACCCGGGUUUCAAAAUGAGCAGCAAAGGCGAUAGCUGUACAGAGUGUUCAGACAACACUUACGGUAGCAAAUGUUUCAAUACGUGCGCAUGCGUUAAGGAGCACACACUUUCCCACACCCAGUCAUGUGACACUAUCAAUGGAACAUGCAAGUGCACUGGGAACUGGACGGGGAAUACUUGCCAAAUCGAUGUAGACGAGUGCCAAGAAGAUGUGUGUAAGGAUCAAAACGCCGUAUGUGUCAACACUGAUGGUUCUUAUGCUUGCUACUGCAAGAAAGGCUUUGUAAAAGACGAUGUUACCAAAACGUGUUCGAAUGUUGCGACUGUUCCAGGAAAGAAAAUAGACCUGCAGGUCACACUGAAAAUUGAAGAUCGAAGUGUAAAUCUUACAUCAGACAGGGAUUUUGCAGUGGUUGCUGAAAAAGUUACAUUAUCGCUAAGAAUCUACCUGAUGCGGUUUAUUACUAAUUUCAAAAUUGUCAUAAACGAUCUACGGAACGGAAGCCUAGUUGUAGAUUUCACGCUUGUUUACGACACUGCUGAUGGGGUUACAAAAGUACUUGUCGAUCUUGCAAAUGGAACAAACUUCACGUAUGACAGAAUGCCUGUUAAAGUCAUUUCAGAACAACUUUCUAACGCGACCGUGCUUUGUGGAUUGUACGAGAAGAUUAGAGGUCCCUGUGAAUACGGGACGGAGUGUAACGUAACAGGCGGUGUGCCUUCGUGCGUAGCGAACAUUGUGCCAACGGACAAUGUCAAGCUGAUCAUAGGUGUUUCUGUGGCGGGAGGUCUGAUUCUGGGUAUAGGAAUUUUUACAUCGAUAUGUAUUGUGAUCAAAAGGAAAGCGAGGAACGCCGAAAAGCAUAGCCAAAGGCGGGAUAAUCUCAAUCGGUACAAUAAAUUCCGAGAAUAGUCCCGGAAGAGAACCCAGGUACUACUGGGUGAUGAUAUACAGAACAAAGGAAAUAAAUGCCAAGAAAUUAAAAACUAUUGAACAAGUUUUUCUAGAUUUGCUGUGAAUUUCGACUCAACCAAAUCAGGUUCAAAGUGUAUAUAUACAUAAUUUUCAUUUAGUUUUAUUAUAUUUGAACUCUGAAUCUGAAACCAUUAUUGUAUAUUGAUUUUAAUACUUGUCUAAGGACUAUUAUGAAAUGUCACAUGACAUUUUCAUCGUUUGAAAAAUAUGCUUUGUAUAGUUUAGUGUUUAUAUUUAUUUUUUUUUGUUAGCUGUUGUUGUUUUUUCAAUUUAUGUUUUGAAUAAUGUAACAUGACGACUACUGUAGAACUACCAACAAUAUUUGUAAAAUAUUUAAUAAAGAUAGUUAUUAUUAAAAUACAAAAACUCAUUUCACACGUUUGCUAUUAUUGAUUGCCGUCACAGGGAUUCUAUUAUGUAUAAUUGAAAAAAAGAGAUUUUAACUUACUUGUUCAUUACAUUGAUUAACGAAGUGACCAGUACUUUAUAAUUUACAAAAAUAAACUAAAAUGCCAUUUAUAUAUACGCUAUAAAUUAAAAUGGUCACUUCGUAUUUGUAUAGGAUCUGGUUAUCUUUUGUGAGAAUGUUUUCUUCAAUACGAUGAUGUAUGAACUUUAUUUGUUGUUGGGCGUCGUUUACUUUGCUUAAUAAAUAAUACUAAUAAUAACGUGUUUCAUAUGCAGGCGUAACUCAUAUUUUAAUGUAAAUACACUGCAAUAUUAAAUCUAUAUUUUUGUUUAAUAAUAAAAAAGAUCAUUUUUAUAAAUAACUGUUUUUCUUGUUUGGAUCUGGUUGUAUAUUUCUUUUUUU